CCUUUAUGCUGAACAGGUUUAUUCAGCUGAGGAUCUCUAUAUAGAUCCUAAGGUUUCAGUGGACAACACUGAUAGCCUUGAUAACCAAGAGGCUCUUGUUGAUGACGAUGAGAUUUCAGGUAUUGAGAAUAGUGAUUCAGAUGAUGUUGAUUUUGAUACUCUUAAACUUCCUGCUGAAAUUCUUGAGGACGAAUUUUAUACUUUUGAGGGAUUUGAUUAA